GGCAAGUAAUUGCGACUGUCUGAUUCAGUUCUCAGCAACUUGAUGCCUAAUUGCCUAUUCAGUCAGUGGCUGCUGUACCAACCAGACGUGUGCGACACGGGUUUAUACCGGAGACAUGGCAGGGAGAAGAGCACUCGUGGUUUUGGCUCAUGAGGAAAAGAAGUCAUUUAAUUAUGCAAUGAAGGAGGCCGCUGUGAAUUCUUUGAAACAGAAAGGCUGGGAUGUGACUGUAUCUGAUCUUUAUGCCAUGAAGUUUAAUCCUGUGAUAUCACGAUCAGAUGUAACAGGAAACUACAAAGACCCAGAAGAUUUUAAAUAUGGAGCAGAAUCCAUGCAAGCCUGGAAAGAAGGGCGUUUGAGUAAAGAUAUUGUUGAAGAGCAAAAGAAAUUAGAAGCUGCUGAUCUUGUCAUAUUCCAGUUUCCAGUGCUUUGGUUUGGACUGCCAGCUAUUUUGAAGGGCUGGUUUGAUCGUGUUUUAACCCAAGGAUAUGCUUACAGUAUGCAGUCCCUGUUUGAUGAUGGUCAUUUUAAGAAGAAGAAGGCGAUUCUGUCUUUCACGACAGGAGGUACAGAACCUAUGUACUCACCAAGUGGUGUCAAUGGUGAUAUAAAUGUCCUGCUGUGGCCAGUACAGAGGGGCAUCCUGAAGUUCUGUGGUUUCCAAGUUCUAGAACCACAGAUAAGUUAUAGUAUUGGUUACACUCCUCCAGAACAGCGCUCUGUAAUCCUGAAGGCCUGGCAAGAUCGUUUGGAGAAUAUCUGGGACGAAAAGCCAAUCAGCUUUGUGCCGAAUGAGGAUUUUGAUAUGACCUUCUCAGGAGGAUUUGUACUGAGGAAGGACGUUUUAGAGAAGAAUGUCAAGAAUGAAUUUGGCCUCAGUGUUGGGCAACAUAUAGGCAAACCUCUGCCCCCUAAUAAUCAAGUAAAAGCUGAAAGUACCAAGCUCUGAAUCAAGUCAAUGUAUUGCUUUUAUAUGUUUUCCUCAAGUUGUCUGCUGCUUCUAUUUUAACAUACUCUGAUUUGUGACUAUUUUCUAAAUAAGUGACACAAACAAACUGAUUUUUUGCUAAUUGCGAUUGGUUCUGUAUGACCCUUAGGUGUCUGUAUACUUAUGUUCACAUAGUGUAUAUUUUCUCUGUACCCAAAAUUGCAGAAAUGUCAAAUUCAAAGAACUUUAAAGCGGAGACCAAAAUGAAAA